AUCUAUAUCAAAAAUAUAGAGUAUAGAGUAAGAAUAUGAACAAUGUUGCCAAAUAUAUUCUCAGCACAUAUAGAUACAAUAUACAUUUAAGAUACAACAAAUUAUAAUUUAUAAAAUAAUUUAAUAUUUAAAAUUUAUAAAUAAACCUUUAUUUUAUUGUAUAAUAUUUGUUUAUUGCUUAUAUAUUAAUACGUGAAUUUAUAAAAAUAUUAUAAGUAAAUUAUAAUAUAAAACAAUUAAACAAUUAGAAUAUAGAAUUUGAAUUUAAUUCAAAUAGACAAUAUGCAGAGAUUUAUUAGAUUGAAACGUGAAUUUGAAAAACUUAAUCAAGAACCUAUAGAAGGUAUUUCAUGUUAUCCAAAAUCUGACAAUUUUGAAAACUUUGUGGCAACAAUUCUUGGACCAAAUGAAAGUCCAUAUAGUGGAUACAUUUUUCAAUUGUCAAUUGAUAUCUCUGAACAAUAUCCAUUUGAACCUCCAAGAAUCACUUUUCAGACACCUAUUUAUCAUCCAAAUAUUGAUAAUAAAGGCCGUAUUUGUAUGGAUCUUUUAAACAUGCCACCUAAAGGUAAUUGGAAACCAACUAUUGGAUUAAAAAAUCUUUUAGAUGCUAUACAAUGUUUGUUAAGAAAUCCAAAUCCUGAUGAUCCUUUAAUGGCAGAUAUUGCACAGGAAUAUAAAUUUAAUAGACAAGAAUUUGAGAGAAAGGCAAAACAAUUUAUGAAUAAAACAAAAAAUUAACUUUUAUUCAUUCAAUUUCAUUCAGUUUAUAAUAUAUAUUAUGUUUAUUUUUUUAAUACUUUCAUUUUCAUGAUUUCCUAAUUAUUCAUCAUUUCUAAAAUAUCAAUUUUAAUGUAUAAUAAAAAUUAAAAAAAAUAA